GUCUGUCUCUCUCUCGCUCUCUCGAUCCUCCUCCUCCUUCUUCGUCCUCUCUCUCUGACUCCUUCACAUUCCCUCCUCUCCUCCAUCCAGCAGCAUCCUCCAGCUCUCUUCUCUUCCCCCACUGUCAGCAACAAUGACCAGCACAGUAGCAGCCUACACAGACAAGAUCAAGGAGAUGUCUAUGCUGUCUCUACUCUGCUCCUGCUUCUACACACAACCACAUCCCAACAGCCUCUAUCAGUAUGGAGACCUGGAGGUGAAGGGCUUGAACAAGCGAUUUUCAGGCCAGGCGUUUGAGGUGAUCCUGAAGGAUCCUGAUCAUUCCAGGGACAAAAGCCAGCCUCAGCCACUGCCCUCCCCACCGAGGAGGGAAGUGUCCCUGGAGGAACUCCAGAUGAGGCUGGAGGCCGCUGAGGAGAGGAGGAAGUCCCAGGAGGCCCUGGUGCUUAAGCAGCUGGCAGAUAAGAGGGAGCGCGUGCAAGAGGCUCUCCACAAGGUGCGCGAGGAGAGUAACAUCUUUAGCAAGAAGACAGAGGAGAAGCUUAUCCAAAAGAUGGAGGUCAACAAAGAGAACCGGGAGGCCCACCUCAACGCUCUGAAACAGCGCCUGCGUGAAAAAGAAGUCCACGCAGCUGGCGUUCGCAGAAACAAGGAGCGGCAGUCCGACCUCUCUGGCUGAAGUUUUCUUCACUCUGGCAGUGGCAGCUACUUUUGAAAAUCUUCUCUGUCAAAGUUUUGCUGUUGUUCAAUAUUCACCAUUCUCAUGCUACAAUGCACCUUUCAGAACUCAAUGUAAUAGUUAAUCAGCACCAAAUAAACUCAUCCAUUUCAUUUUUGGUAAAUCACACAUUUGGAAAUGCAGAAACAUAUUCUGAUUUUAAGUCAAGUACAGCUGAAAUAAAGUCCAAUCCUGCGCCAAACAAA